AACUCACUUAUUAUAUAAAGCUCUUAGAUAGAGAAAUGUUUUCAUUUUAAAGUCUCAAAGGACCCUACUACUACAUUUCUUACCGAACCAAAUAAAAGUCACAAAGAGUGUUCUUUCAUUCUUCCCUCACUCUGUUUCUCUUGUUUCUCUCUCUCUUGUUUCUCUCUCAUCAGUCAACAUAACCAUGGAUUCCAACAACAACCUCAAAUCUCCAAGAAACGGUUCUUCUCUUCCUUCACCACGCUAUAGCCAGAGUUCUAGUAGCAGCACCAACAGUAACAUCAUCAACAAUGAAACGGUUUUGAACCUACCAAAACCCAUAACCAGAUCCGAACCGGGUAGCCCGUACCCGACAACAUUUGUUCAAGCUGACCCAUCUUCAUUCAAACAGGUUGUUCAAAUGUUAACUGGAUCCGCUGAAACAGCAAAACAAACCUCUUCCAAUUCCACCAACAAUAACAACAACAUAAGAAACCAUAUUCCACCCAUCAAAACCAUACCUAAUAAACCGAACCAAUCUGGUUUCAAACUCUAUGAACGAAGAAACUCUCUCAAGAAUCUUAAACUCAACCCUCUGUCACCUGUUUUCUCUUCAAAUAAUUCAAACCCUUCUGGUUUCUCUCCUCGUAACUCUGAUGUUCUGUCACCAAGCAUCCUCGAUUUUCCUGCACUUGUUCUCAGUCCUGUUACUCCUCUUAUACCCGACCCGUUUAACAGAAACACCGUCACCGGUGGUGGUGGUGGAAGCGGUUACCGAUGCGGGAAUGCGAGUCCAAGUCCGAGUCCGAGUCCGAAACCGGUUUUGAACACUGAAGCUGAAGAAAAAGCUAUCAAAGAAAAAGGGUUUUUCUUACACCCUUCACCUGGAAACACUCCAAGAGACUCUGAACUUCGUUUGCUUCCUCUGUUUCCGACUACUUCUCCUAGAGCUUCGGGUCCUUCUUCUUCUUCUACUUCGAGUACUUGAAUUUUAUUAAAUUUUUAAUUUUAUUUUUAAUUUUAAUUCUUGGUGGUUUAGAUUUUGUUUUAGAUUUUUAUAAUCUAUAUUAAUGGCAUUGAUGAGGUUGAGAAAGAGAUAAUUUUGUUGUAAUGGAUUUUUCACAGAAUCGAAAAUCUUGCUUCAAUUGUA